AUGAAAUUAUUCAAUCUCCCUUACCUGGCCUACUCUCAAAUCAUCACUUCAAUGAAUCCGAUCGAAGUGCUUUCUCUUUCAUUUUGCUCAAAAAGGACAAGGAAUAUAAUCAAACAAAUACGUUUUCCUGAUUCUUUGACUAGGAUUUCCACAUUAGAACAUGAUCCAAAAGGUCCGGUGUUUCAAUUAAUCGUUAAUACAACGAAGCUAAUCAUAUCAAUUCCAUUCCAACCUGCUCCCCGUCGGGCUAGAAGUGAAGGGAGAAGGUUUACAGGGAUUAUUGAUGGAGUCAAAUAUUAUUUUAGGUCGAUUGGACCCGAUGAUGACAGUAUUCUUUACACUAGUAAUAUGAACAGUGGAUUCAAGAUAACCGACUACUUUUUUAACUUAGUACGAGGAACUUUAUAUGAAUUAAUGUUGGAUUUGAAUGUGAUCAGUGAUCUGAAAGGAUUCAUGAGUGAACCAUGCAUGAAAUCAGUUCAAAAAAUAGAAAUUGUCUCCGAUACCCUGACUUCGGAGCAGUUAUCAGUUUUCUUCAAUAGUUUAGAAGUGACAGUUCCUGAAUUUCAAAUGAGAUCAAAAGUUGAAGGACCGAUGGAUCCAAAUCUGAGUUUUCUACAAACAGACAAAUUGUUCCUAAAUUAUGGGGAAUGUGUUAAAAGAGAGCAUCUUCUCAGAAUGGAUGUGAAUUACAUGGUGGUGUUUAGGUCUAACCUUGGCAUUGAAUCAAUUAUUCAAUUUAUAAAACAGUGGAGAGAUGGAAACAAUAUGAGACUUACUGUAGCUAAGAUUCAAGGAUUAUCUGAAGAAGCUUUAAAUAGAGAUCGUUUUAUUUCUGAGUUCAAUGCGAAACCAUGGGAUCCAUCAAAACGAGAUAAAUGUUAUACUUAUGAUAAAGACCUUCUCCGCGUUGGGAUCAAAGUGAAGGGAGAAGAUUUACAGGGAUUAUUGAUGGAGUCAAAUAUUAUUUUAGCUCACUUCCCAGACACGAUGAAAUUAUUCAAUCUCCCAUACCUUGCCUACUCUCAAAUCAUCACUUCAAUGAAUCCGAUCGAAGUGAUUUCCCUCUCAUUUUGUUCGAAAACAUCGAGAGAAAGAAUCAAGCAGAUACACUUUCAUGUUCCUUUCCCCAGAAUUUCUACAAAAGUUAACAACCGGAAAGCUCCGGUGUUUCAAUUACGAAUUUCGACGGAAGGUCGACACUUAUCGAUACCAUUUCUCACUGCUCCACGUUGGGCUCGGUGUAAAGGAAGUAGAUUUAAGGGAACUAUAGAUGGAGCCAAACACCAUUUUAGGUCUAUUGAGGUUGUGACUGGCACUGUUUUGUUUAGUAAUAUCCCUAAGAGUUACUUCAAAAUAGUCCGUUACAUGUUGGAUUUAGUUCGAUCAAAUUUGCCUUUUCUUGAGUUGGAUUUGAAUGUGAUCGAUGAUUUGAAAGGAUUCAUAACUGAACCAUGCAUGAAAUCAGUUUCCGGAAUUGAAAUUAUUUCUGAAACUGUUACUGCUGAGAAGCUGUCCAUCUUCUUCAAUAACAUCGAGAAUCCGGUUAAAAACGUUCACAUUCACUCAAAAGUUGAAGGACAAGUGUCUACAAGUAUGAACAUCUUUCAAACUGAAAUAUUAGUUUUUUACGAGAGUAGUUGGAUUACAAGAGAACAUUUACUUGGAUUCAAUGGAAAAAUUUUGUGCAUCAUUAAUCCUACUUUUAAUAUUGAACUUAUUAUUGAUUUCAUAAAACAAUGGAGAAACGGGAAUAAUACAAAAUUCGUAGCGCUCAAAAUGUCAGAAGUACCUCAAGAAGUUAUGAACAGAGAUCGUUUUAUUUCCGAAUUCAAUGCGAAACCAUGGGAUCCAACGAAAAGAGAAAAGUGUUAUAUUUAUGAGAAAGAAAUCACUGACGUACAAAACAUUGUUGCCGACUUAUCGGAUGGAUUAGAUUUUGAAAGAGAUGAUGGAUUACUGGCAACUAUUAGAAUCAGACCAUCUGGCCGAUUUCAAUUUUUUGUAUGGCACAAACGAUUUACAGUCCCAGCAUAA